UUUACUCAUGAUUUCUUCGCCACAUGCUUUACAAGCCGUCAGAAGCAGGGCUAAUGUCAGAGGGAUAGACAGUGUCUACAUAUAUCACUGACCUUCGCUUAGAGCAUUGUCUUCUUCCUCGAGUCUGCAAACUCUUUUGCAAGAUUGACCAUGGAGCCGAAAGUUCAUACUCUGUUCGAACCUGUUACUGGCACCUGGCAAUAUUUAGUGGCCGAUGAAAUAACAAAGGAAGCUGUGGUUAUUGACCCGGUACUCGACUACGACAAGCCGACUGGGAAGAUCACCACGCGAGCAGCCGAUGAGAUCCUCGAUCUGGUCGCUGGGAAAUGCUAUACCGUCUCUCGGAUCCUCGAAACUCAUGCUCAUGCUGAUCAUUUGACUGCCUCUCGCUAUCUUCAAAACGUUCUUGCGGAACGGCAGCCCACAUCACCGUCGCCUCUGGUUUGCAUUGGUGAACGGAUAAGCCAGGUUCAAAAGACCAUGUCCAAGGUCUACAACAUUCCUGCCAUAGACCUGGAAGGCGCUUUCGAUCAUACCUUUGCCGACGAUGAGACAUUCGCUAUCGGCAACAUCGAAGCCAAGGUCAUCCAUCUACCUGGUCAUACUCCGGACCACAUUGGAUAUGUGAUUGGAUCCAAUGUCUUCACGGGAGACUCAAUCUUCAAUCCAGAUGUUGGAUCUGCUCGUUGCGAUUUCCCAGGAGGAUCAGCCACCGAUCUGUAUCAAUCCAUGCAAAAGCUACUCGCUCUACCGUCACACUUUAAGCUGUACACGGGCCACGACUAUCCACCCGAGAGCCGCGAAAUUAUCGCCGGACAACAUGUCUCUGGGUCAAAAGCCGUUCCAUAUACCACAGUCGAUGUCCAGCGGCAUGAUAACAAGCAUGUCAAAAUCGGGACUGAGAUGGACAACUUUGUCAAAUGGAGAUCAGAGAGGGACAGUGGACUUGGGCACCCGAAGCUUCUGGCGCAGGCGAUGCAGGUCAAUGUCCGAGGCGGAAGGUUGCCAAUGGGCGAUUCCGAGCAGAUGAAGCUCAGUGAGGUUCCUUCAGCAAUGGCUAGAGUCGUGAAGGUCUGAGAAGUUCUGUACUCGCCUCAUAUGGGCUUACAACUAGUUGGUUCUGAUUGGCCAUCGGGAAUUCCCCUUUGGGUCGCGGGGAAAGCAGAGUGACGUCGCUCACUCCUGCAAGGCUGAUCCUCUCACCCAAACCAGUCAAUCAAUAAUCAAAACUAUCGCGGUCU